GGGAUCCUUGUCUAGGGUCAUCGCUUUGGACAACAGGAGGGGAUUGUACUCAGAGGAUAUAGGAGAAUAUCGGCCAUUCGCCCGCAACAAAACAAUUAUAACCUUUAUGAACAUCGAGGACGAGGAAAGGAAAAUCGGAAUUUUGGAAGAGAAGAUAAACGAGGUAGCGAAAGAAGAAUCGAGCAGCCAAUACAGGGAAUGGAGAGAACAGAUCAGACGAAUGAAGACCCGAAUGCGCGAUAGCAUCCACCGCUGCAGUAUACGGGAAGCAUUUACCACUGCUGAAACCCUACAAUACCAUCAAGAAAUCUUUAAAAUCAAGGAAAAUGGAGAAAAGAUAAGAAGAACAGAAAAGGGCGAAUGGAUUAUCAACCCCAAUCAAGGAAGUCUAAAAAUAGGAAACGGAACCACCUGGGAGGAAAUAGAUGCUGAAAUUAUACUAAUGGACAAAAUCACCGCUACAGCAUUUUUUGUCGCUCUAGCGGCAUACGAAGGUCAAGCAAUUCGUGACGUAUAUUCGCCAACUGUUAUAAAACAAGGAUUAGAAGAGAUUUUAGAAGAAAAUAGUAACUCAGAUCUACUGACGGGAACAAGCAACGACGGCAUAAGGUUAUUGCUGGGAAUCAUAGACAUCGAAGUGAUAAUUUUUCAUCAGCAAAUAAUUUACAAAUACGUAAUUCCAUUAAUACAGAGAACAAGUUACAGACUAAUUAGGCAUUAUCCUUUCCCGACACAGAUCAUCUCAGCACCAGGAUUUGGCUCGAUUGUCAAGCCUACUACCCCCUUUACGGCGAUCAACGAUCAGGGAUAUAUUCCGCUGACACAGGAAGAAAUAAGAUCAUGCCAGGUGAUAAAAGGACGAUUUUUGGCUAUGCAGACGGCAACCGCAAAGACAACCGAUGGGACGGAAGAAUGUGAAGUGGCACUGUGGAAGAAGUCACGAGAUAUUGAUCUCCGAAGUUGUGAUUUAAGAGUCGUGAAGAUGAAGGAAACAAUUUGGACAAAAUUAAUGGGAAUAAAUGCAUGGUUGUUUACAACCCAGGAAGCUGACAUAGUAAAGGGCAAGUGUCAAGCGAAUAAAUCAUUAGAAUUGGAAGUGCGCGGAACGGGAGUAGUUUGGAUGGCUCCUGGUUGCGAAGGAAUGGCAGGAAAAAGGAUAUUCACAACCACACAGGAAAUAACGAUCGCUACGAAAAUAUCCGAGGAAGUUUUAACCUGGCCAAGGAUAGAUGAGGAAUUAGAAAAAUUUUCCAAAGAAAUGCAAGUGGAUCUAACCCACGUUCUAAAAGAAAUCAGCGAAGAAAAUGAAGUACAACUUCCGGAAGGUAUAAAAUUUCAUCGAAUCUGGAGAGCUAUCAAGCAAAAAGGGUUGAAUCAGACUGUGCAUUUGGCGUCCUAUGGAACAAGAUCUCCAUUAGUAUACAUCUGCGCUGCUAUAGCACUUUUAAGUGCGACUGUACUUUGUGACCUAGUAUGGCGUGUAAUGAAGAGACGUAAUCUAACGAAAAACGACACCAGUGAGGAUGUUGGAAGAGAUAACCCAUAUUGUGAGGUGGAAGAUGCUAUCCCGGAAUCCAGUCAACCGAUGGAAGUCAUCAUGGAAAUCAGCGACAAAGCCUCCCGAUCAGGAACCAGGAUCAGCAACCCGGAGGUCAUUGAGAUGACCGAUCGACCCAAGAGGAUCAACUCGAGGAGUAAGCAGACAACAACGGUCGUCGACAGCUGGGACUACAGGGCAAUGCGCUUUUAAUUGAAGAUCUGGAAUCCUAUUAAUCCUUUCAACACACUCCCGAAAUCCCACCUACCUUUUUUUUGUUACAGGGACCAUCUAGGACCACCCUAAGAGGAUCAUAUUAACACUAUCCAAGGACACAAGAACCAAUCAGGAAGGAGACAUUACCAGAGAUCUUCGCAAAACCGUUAUAUUGUCGGGACAUAAGUAUUGUAAUCAACAUGCAUGUUAGCAUAUAUUCAUUAUUGCCUAUAUAUUCACUAUUAUAUAUAUAUAUUCAUUAUUAUUCUAGAAUGUAGAGAAGUCUCUUAGGGUUCCAAUUAUUUAGUCUGAGCAAGAGGGUGGUACAGCAAUUUAGAUGAGGAAAAAAAAACGCGUUAUAUAAAUCGGGACUUCAAGGUAAUAGAUUCCGAAUACCAUUCAGGAGAAUGGCUUUCUUUUUUAGCCGGGGGAGCAUGUGACAGGUGGGCCUACCCUCCCGUCAAUAUUAUGAUAUUCUAUAUAUAUUUUCUAUAAAUCGAUGGGCCAACUUGCCCACCUGAAUUAGACACCGAAUUUCCGUUGUAUUUCUAGCCUGACUCUGGUUACCGAGAAUCGCUGCUUGCACGUGUUGCUGAGGAGACGCUUUCUCAUGGGAACCGAGCGAACAGGUACUCUAGCACAGGGAACCGCUUUCGGCGCCUUGAUACCAUUUUCUGCUGACUAGGGAACUUGACAAUAACCACCUAGUUCCUCAGGGCGGAAUAAUCUGAGUUCAACCGCGGAAUAAUACAAGUUCCGCGCAGUGAUACAGGUGUUUGGCGGCAUCCGCGACCGAGGUUACAUAAACCUGGGACCUUCAGGAGGAGCGGCCUCUUGUAAUCAGUCAGUCGUUUAGUCUGUCCGAAUCUAUGUCGAGUCCGAGUUGUCUUGCAUCGUGAUUAAUUGUCUCCUAAGACUCUCAUUCUCGUUGCUGUCCCAUCUCUCUCUCUCAGUUAUAGAAUCAAAAGUAUUGCAUCAAAUGGAUUAUUGUACUGGAUUAGAUUUGCUUUCAUAAAUAGAAUUAGUUUGUAAAAGAGACUCUCAGGGCCAUUUCGGGCAACUCCCAUGCUUUUGGGACGGCCAAUAAACAAUUAGUACCGUAAUUCAUGAGUAUUCUUCAUUCACUGCGCGACCCACCCUUUUAUCAACAUCUAAAUAUUUUUCAGUGAGACGCUGAGCUAGUCCGGAGGUCUGUUUACGUGACAGGUAAAUAACCAGGUGUAGGCUCACACGUAACAA